AUGGGAGAUGGAUAUGAUGUUCUAGGGUGGGUGUGGGUUGUCGAUCUCGAUGUUCAGGGACUAAGGGGGCUCGUGUCUUUGGGUCUAGGAUACGGUGUGGCCUCCGGUGAGGCUUCUGAGGACGAGUCUCGUUCUGGCGGUUACCGGCGCUUCCUAUCUUCUUUGACACCUCCUUUUAGUCUACAUGCCUCUAGUGUUUUAGGUUUGCUGCGGUUGGAGUUUCUUAGGUUGUUCUUGGUUUUUCUGGCAUGUGCUCUUUCGGAGGGAGUUUCUGUGAAGUUAGGCUAUGGUGCUCGGGUUCUUUUGUUCGCGUGUUCUGAAGCUGUAGUUUCUUUAGUUUGCGGGAAGGGAAUGGCUACUCUGCCUUUGUUGAGGUUCUUCGAGGGAUUGGAUCUCCUCACCUAG